CAUCAAUCAAUCAACCAUGAGAACCAGUCUUCUGGUGGCGUUCGGGCUGAUUGCCCUCGCAGCGGUAGUCUCCGGCAGGGAGAUCCGCGAGAAGAGGGCUGUCGACCUGGAGACUGCGGCCUCCGGUCACCACUGGGACAAGGGUGGCGGCCACGAACACCAUGGACACCACCAUCACGAACACGGUGACCAUGGCCACAAAGGUCACAAAGGUCAUCACGAGCAUCACCACGGCAAACACGGACAUCACCACCACGAGGGUCACAAGGGACACCACGGUGAGCAUGGCGGUCACAAGAAGCACCAUCACCAUGAUGAAGGUUACCAUCACCAUAAGGGACACGGUGAGAAGGGCGAACAUGGUCAUGGUCACGAGGAACACGGUCACUGGCACAAGGGGCAUGACACGAAGGGACACCACGGUAUCGAGAAACAUGACGAGUUCAAGAAGGACAAGCAUUUCCACGAUCACCAUGGCGAAAAAGGCUUCCAUGAACAUCAUGGCGGACACCAUCAUGAAGACGGAUACAAGAAGGGCGGCCACUUUCACAAAGGACACAAGCACGGUGGACAUCAUGAGCACCAUCAUGGGCACAAGGGACAUCAUGAGAAGGGAGGACACCACCACGACCAUAAGGGACACCAUGGUGAGGGUGGUCACCACGAGCAUCAUCAUCAUCAUCAUGAACAUGGAAAGAAGGGCGGCCAUGAGGACCACAAGCACUGGGGACACAAAUCUGGUCACUAAACUACUCCUGCCUUAGAGUAGUACACUGUGUAUUACGCUUUAUUGUUACUUGUUGAUUUUGUUUUGUAUAGACUUCAUUGUUAUUUUUUUAUUGCCAGAUUAAUAAUACAAAUAA